AUGGACCAUCCAGAUAUACCGUACGACAUGUGGGGCUUUGGACAUUCGACCGGUUGGCUUCAGCCUCAGCCCGAGAUCAACGCUUCUGGUAGAAACCUCGGUGCCACCAAUAUUCUCGGCCGCGAUUAUGUCCUCCAGGCCUUGCUCGAGCGAAAAGGAUACAUUCAGCCUUCUCCGAGCUAUGUUAGGCCUUCCAUACCGUACAACAAUCUGUCUCGCCAACCAUGUGAGAACAGCCGUGGCCACGACAGCGGAAACUUCGAUAGUGACGACUCGUUCGGCAAUGCGCGCCAUGAUUCUUUUGGUUUCAAUUUUCUACAUGUUCAAGGAAACCCCAUCCGUACUGGAGAAUACGAGGAGGAUCUUGGUGUUGCGAUGGUUGGAAGCAAUUCCUUCCAAGGUCAAGAACAAGGAAACAUCCAGGAUACACUACGAGUCGAUGACAGAGUUAAAGAUAACGAGUGGGAUUCUGAGUCCGAAUCUGAGUACACGGGACCGCCCUGUGACUCGACUGGUACAAAGGAUGGCAAGAAUCCACUCUUCAAGGGGCUCGUAGCGAACAAGCAUGGUCUGUUCUUCUCAUCGGCAGAGCAGUGCACACAACUCUUCAAGAACAAACCUCUUUGGCGACCAAAAGACGAACUGCUACCGGACACCGAGGACGACCGGGCACCCUACGUGAUAUGUCUUCGUGAUGCGAUCAUGCAUCUGGAUAAACAAUUGGACCAGGCCGACGAUAGUGCUCCAGAUCAAGCGGGUGAAGAUGCCUCGUUGACGCGCCCCGGUGAAAGCUUCCCAGGAGAUGUUAGCAAUAGUUCUUUCACGCAGACGGUUCAAGUUCCCUCGGCACAGUUCCCCCCGACCGAGGUCAUCAAAGGCAAGGUGGGCAAACAAAAGGGCGGCAGGUCAAUGGGGUCUGCAAAGGGAGGCCCUGUGGGCGGUACGGACCGUUGGGAAGAGAACGCGACAUACUACGAAGCCUUCGCCAUUGAAGGAGCAGCUCAAAUGUUGUUAGCCAAGGUCAUUGAUCUCCAUAAGAAUGGAUGGACACGUGCGAAUCUCGAGCCUAAGCAGCUUGGCAUGAAGAAUUUGUACGAACCAAAGUUGAGGUUCAAGGCGAGGAUCGAUGCGAUUGAAGAAGUUCUUAUGCAUAAUAAAUCUAUGUGCAAAAAUCUACUCGAUGGUAACGACCUAAUGAUCGACAAGUUGGUUGGGGGACCUCACAAGUACUCUAGCCGCUCCAAUGGCCUUAAGACCCUGAAUGCGGGCCGACAGGCUCACUUGGAAAGAGGCCGCGAAGCAAAAGCUCAAUCAAUUGCUGCUGAAGAGGCACCCCAGCAGCAGGAAGGUACAACAGGUCGGAACAAACCAAAGCGAAAGGCCAUAGCGAUGUCAGCAGAGGAAGAGGAGAGACCUGGAGGACGAGUCAAUCAAAGUGCAAGAGACAACCGCCCCACGAAGAAACCACGACUCGCAAAGACGACGGAAAAGAGGUCAGUGGAUGUUGGACGUUCACUCCUGUCGGCAAGCCCCAGCCGGGUUAAAUCCCCAACGACAACAGCCUUUAGGCGCAGCACAACUGCCGCAGUUCAGAAGAAGAAGGACCACACCUUCCCGUCUAAUCAUAGUCCCACGAUGACCACCCCGGCAACAUCCACGACCGUUAGUCGCUCCGUUCGGUCCAGCAAGGGUAGAGAAGAGGCCGAAAAGUAG